UAACACAAACGAGGCAAAGAACAAAGCUGACCAGGACGACUACACCUAAUCGUCAAAGUCGAUGACUUACUAAAGUAUCUAAGGAUCAUAUUUACAUUAUAAUCAGUUAAGUAAUAGUAUAAGAGAAGCUAUGGGGAUUCGAAACGUGUUUAAAAAGAAAGAACCAACCGAAGAAGAAUUAAGGCAAACAUUAGUCAAUGCUGGAAUCACGACUAAGAAUACCAGCGGAGCAGGAAUAGGUAGGCAAGAGAAAUUUGGAGCUUUUAAAGGGUAUGCUCAACAACGAGCGGCUGCUAAGCCUGGUUUAGCACCUGUGAAUCCAUAUGCUAAUAUGAAUACUGGUAGUAAUCCAGGAGGUAAUCCUUAUGGUCAGCAAGGACAAUCACAGACUCAAGGUGGUCAACCAUAUGGACAAUCAUCUGGAGUACAAGGACAAAAUCCAUACGGAGUUAAUAAAUCUAAUUCUGCAUCAAACCCUUAUGGUGGUGGAAGUAAUGGUAAUGGUAAUAGUAGUCCAUAUACUUCAAGUCCAUAUAGUUCUUCUAGUCGUGUUGGAAAUAAUAGUAGCCCUAGUCCAUAUAAUACUGGAACUACUAGUUAUUCUAAUAAUCAUAAUAGUAAUAGUAAUAAUAGUGUACCAUAUAAUCGACCAUCUAGAAUACAACCCAGAAGAUCUGCUACUGGUGAUGAUGAAUCAGUCUUAGACUUGAAUGCUAUGCCAAGUAAUCAUAUACGUCCUGUUAAACCAAAUCCUGCUAGAAGACCACAAAAGCAUGAUGAACUUGAUUUGAAUGCCGAUCCGAAUGAACUAGAUUUAAAUGCUGAUCCUAAUGAAGAAGAUGAUUUAUACAUUCCUGAAGAAGAACAAGUUAAUUCAGAAGAUGAAGAAAUUGAAAGUAUUAAACAGGACAUUAGAUUUGUGAAACAGGAAUCAGUUCAAAGUACAAGAAAUACAUUAAGAAUGGCUCAAGAAGCUGAUUCUUCUGCUUCCAAUACUUUGGGUAUGUUAGGAUCUCAAUCAGAAAGAUUAUACAGUGCUGAACAAAAUUUAUUAUUAAUUGAUACACAAACUAAGAUUGCUGGAGAAAAAGUUAAAGAAUUAGAAAGAUUGAAUCGUAGUAUAUUUGUUCCAGCAUAUGGGAAUCCAUUUAAUAAGAAGGCUAGAUUAAGACAACAAGAAGAAAUGUUAAAGGCUAAUAAAGAAAAAGAACAUUAUAUGAGAGAUCAAGCUAGAAGAGGAAUGUAUGAAAGUGAACAAAGAUUAAAAGAUGGUCUUAAUGAAAAAUCAGAAUUAUAUCAAUCAUAUAAGGGAGAAAAAGCAUUAAAAGAAGCUAGUCAAAGAUAUCAAUUUGAAAAUGAUAGUGAAGAUGAUGAAAUGGAGAUUGAAUUAGAUAAUAAUUUAAGUCAAAUUGAACAAUAUACUAAAAAGAUUAAGAAUAAAGCUAUGAAGAUGGGAGAAGAAGUUGAUAAACAAAAUAGUAGAUUAAAAUUAAUUGAAGAAAAUGUUGAUAAAGCUGAUAUUGAUCUUCAUAUGAGUACUGCUAGAAUUCUGAAUAUUCAUUAAGGGGUUGCAGUCACGAUGGUUUGGUCUCGUGAUCUUAUCAGAUGAAAAUUUCACUCUUAUUUUUAUUUUUUAGAUGCAUGGAUGGCUUUACCUUUCCGCGGAUUUGUUGGAUAUCUGAUUAAAUAAAUACAUACUUAGCUACUAUUUUAAUAAAGUAAUCUAAUAUUUGAAGGUAUUAAGUAAAUUAUAGAAGAGA